UGUUCAGUGAAAGCGUAUUGAGCGCAAAACCAAAUAAAGCAAUAGCUUAAGCAUUAAAUUUUUAUUAGUUGUUUUAAAAAAUUUAAAGAAUGAAUUUUACUAUGAAAUUAUAUUCAAUAGUUAUUUUUUUAAUAAUAGUUAUAUUUAAUAACAAUUAUAGUUUAGCGAUUAAUUGUAUUGAAUGCGACAACAGCGACAAAAAUUGUACAACUGCACCAGAAUUUAUAACGAAAAAUGUGGCAUGUGAUUUAGAAAAAGGUCAACAAUGCUACGUUCAACUAGAAGCUGAUGGAACAAUUAAAAGAGGUUGUGCAUCGGAUGACUUCUGUAAAGAUAAUACAGAUAAUUGCGUACAAUGUAAAGAUAAUAAUGGAGAAAAUAUUCCUUGUAAUGUACAAAUUUUACCAAAAACAAGACCAAAAUGUUAUGUUUGCAAAGGAUCAGAUUGCCUAAAAGUUGAUGAAAAAAAAACAAAAAUUGAAUAUUGUCAAUAUUUAAAUAAAAGUAGCAAUUUACAUUGUUUUACUAAAACUGUUAAUCAAGAUGUUACCCGAGGAUGCUUAGCAAAAUCUGGAAUACAAUGUGAUACAUCAGAUUGUAAAAAUUGUACAAAUACAGAUAAUGAUAAGCCUUGUAAUAAUGAUGAUGGACAAAUUAAUGAUAAAUUUUCAUGUUAUGAAUGUAGAAGUGAUGCUUUUAAAGAAUGUGAAGAACCAGAGAAGAAUAAACAAAAAGUUGAUAAAAAAGAAUGUAAAAAUCCAAUAGAAGGUUGUUUUGCUGAACGUUGGGCUGGUAUAACAUUCCGUGGUUGUGCAGAAAUUUUAGAGGACAGUGAAAAAGCCAAAUGUUUAGAAAAUAAAAAUGGUUGUCUAAUAUGCAAAAAUGAGACUUUAUGCAAUGGGAAAGUCUUUAACAGUGCAAUUAUUAAUUCAAUAUCAACUGUUUUAUUAAUAACAUGUGCAUUUAUAACAAAGAAAUUGUUAAAUUAAAAUAAUUUGAGUAAAAAUAUUUUAAAUAUAUUAAAAUUAUAUUCUGUUGAACAUGUUAUUAAAAUUAUUACAUAUACGAUACGAUAUACAAUUUUUGUAAAUUUAUAUUUUAUUAAGAAAUUAAAUAUUUUGUAAAUUAAUGUAAAUAUUAUAUAAAAUAAAAUUAACUAACAUGCUUACAUAUUAUAUAUACUGGGUGACUUCAAGAUUAUAAGAGAAAGGAAGCUGUAAAAUCGUUUUUAAAUCAAUUUUUAAUUUUAUGUCUUCUAUUUUUGAAUUGUGUAUAUUGCAGAAAUAAAAAUUUAUUAAA